AUGGCCUCCACAAAGGGUCUUGAAAGAACUUGCCUUGUGAGUGAAAGGGACACCAAGAAGUACUCCUUAACUCUAGACAGUAUAGAACUGCAAAAGAACAGCUUAAGCCAAGAUACGCACCAGGAGGAACCAGAGGAUUCUGAAUGUAACCUGCUGUGCGAUUGCCAAAGCCAGUCAAAGUCCUAUGAGAGCAGAAAAAGAGAACAGUGUCAAGCCACGCGGAAGCUCUGUGCAGCAUCAGUCAUUUGCCUCAUCUUCAUGAUUGCAGAGAUCACAGGUGGCUGGAUUGCAGGAAGUCUUGCUGUGAUGAGCGAUGCAGCGCACAUCCUGGUUGACUUGACAAGUUUCCUGAUCAGCCUCUUCUCACUGUGGUUAUCAUCGAAACCUCCAACUAAACAGUUAACUUUUGGAUGGCACAGAGCAGAAAUUCUGGGAGCUUUGAUGUCAAUGAUGAUCAUUUGGAUGGUGACUGGCGUGAUGACAUAUUUGGCUAGCCUCAGGCUCCUUCACCCAAAUUAUGAGAUUGAAGCCACAGUGAUGCUCAUUACUUCAGGCUGUGCAGUGAUAGCUAAUAUCAUAAUAAGUUUGACUCUACACCAGGCUGGCCAUGGACAUAGUCACGGAGCACAAGCCAAUGAACAUAUGUCAGCUCCACAACAGAAGCCAGUUUUGGCCAAUGCCAGUGUGAGGGCAGCUUUUGUUCAUGCCAUUGGGGACUUAUUUCAGAGCAUUAGUGUGCUAAUUAGUGCACUUAUAAUAUUCUUUAAGCCAGAAUACAAAAUAGCUGACCCCAUCUGCACAUUUGUCUUCUCCUUCUUUGUUUUGGCAACAACCAUCACCAUUUUAAGGGAUAUUUUGCUCAUCUUAAUGGAAGGAACAACAAAGGUAUUUAAUUAUGAUGCAGUGAAAGAGAAAAUUCUAGCUGUUGACAAAGUGCAAUCUAUCCACAACCUUCAUCUUUGGUCUCUGACAAUGAAUCAAGCUAUUUUAUCUGCUCACGUUGCCACAGCAAACACAGUGGACAGUCAACAGAUUCUAAAAGAAAUUACUCAAGUGCUCCUUGACAAUUACACUUUUCACUCUGUCACCAUUCAGAUAGAACAACAAGCAGAUCAAAAACCAGACUGUGUCUUCUGUCAAGAGCUAAGGGAUUAA